AUGCUGCCCAUACGCCUUUGGAACGCUUUCGCUUUGAUUGGAUGUGCACUGGCUCAAACAUCAAGAAACCAUGUCCAACUCUUCAUUCACAACAUGGAUCCGGCAGCUGCGUGGGCAGCUUCCAUACAAAACGCCUGCAACGGUUCCACAACAUAUGUCGUGUCGUGUACUUCCGCACCACUAAACAACUGCAGUCCACAAACCGCCACCAUCACAGAAGGUCCCGACUUUUACAUCGCAACCACGGCGGCCAUAUAUAGCGAAACAUCAGCAACCAUGACCGAAUCUUGCGCAUUGAACUCGGCCGCAACUUCCGCGUCUUGUGUGGCUACCAUCGCACUCAAUGGUUUCGGACAGGCGAAUGCCAAGACCAUCAGCUAUAAUCUCACCGGAACGGAUUACUAUCAAUAUGCCGUGCAGGUGACCAAAGGUGCCAGUCGUACUGCUGGUGAGGGAUCCUGUCUGGCACAGGUCAGUCGUGCUUCUGGAUCUUCAAUGGAUGGGGGGAGUAGAAGUGUUCUGGUGCUGGGCGUGGGAUUGAUGCUUGGUGUUGUUGGCGUUUUGGCGCUGUGA